UCUUGUCUCUCUUUCAAACCUCGUAUGCCCGCUACACCAUGACGCAGUACAUGCCCUUGUUCAGGUCAUGUACUUCUCUUCGUACGCUAUCCCAACUCCACGCCCAUCUCCUCGUCUCCGGUCUCCACCGCCACCCCCAAGCCUCCACCAAGCUCAUCGAGUCCUACUCCCACCUCGGCUCCCUCCACUCCUCCUCCCUCCUCUUCCACUCCUUCCCCAACCCCGACCCCUUCAUGUUCGGCGUCCUCAUCAAAUGCUCCACCUGGUCCCGCCAUUACCACCGCUCCAUCUCCCUCUACCACCACAUGAUCCGACACGACAUCCCCACAACUCGCUUCAUCUUCCCUUCUGUCUUGAGAGCGUGUUCCGGCUGUGGGGAGAUGCGUGUCGGGAGAGAAGUGCAUGGGAGAGUCGUGAAGUGCGGGUUCGAUGGGGACAACGUUGUCGAAACUGCGUUGGUCGGUUUGUAUGGGGAGAUGGGGUGGCUGGAUGAGGCAAUGAGAGUGUUUGGUGAAAUGUCUGUGAGAGACACUGUGUCGUGGAGUUCGGUUGUUUUGUCUUGUGUGGAGAAUGGGGAGGUGAGUCGAGGGCUGGGCAUGUUUAGGGAGAUGGUAAUGAUGGGAGGUGUUGUGCCGGACUCGGUUACAAUGCUGGGUGUGUGUGAGGGUUGUGGGAAGUUGGGGUGGUGGAGGGGAGCGAGGGCGGCGCAUGGUUUUGUUGUGAGGAGGGAGAUUAGGAAGGAUGAGGGUUUGGAUAGUUCGCUGAUUACAAUGUAUGGCAAGUGUGGUGACUUGCAGAGUGCUGAGAGGGUUUUUCGUAGUGCUAGUUGCUGGCAUACCGCGUCGUGGACAGCGAUGAUUUCUGGUUACAAUCAAGGUGGUUGUUUUGUGGAGGCGCGAGGUGUGUUUGUGAGGAUGCUUGAGUGUGGGGUGGAGCCGAAUUCUGUGACGUUGAUGUGUGUUUUAAUGUCUUGUGUUGGGUUAGGAUUGAUCAGAGACGGGAAAAGUGUUCAUGGAUAUGUUAUUAGAAAGGCUGUAGACCCUGAACUUGAAUUUUUAGGAUCAGCACUGUUGGAGUUAUAUGCUGAAACAGGGGGAGUAAGGUAUUGUCAGGAGAUUCUUAAUACAAUUGGACUCAGAAAUGUCGUUCCUUGGAAUACAGUUAUCUCAGUUUAUUGUCAGAAAGGUCUCCUGAAAGAGGCAUUGCUAGUCUUUGUGCGGAUGCAGUCCCAAGGACUAAUGCCAGAUGCAUUCGGCAUGUCAAGUGCUCUCGCAGCUUGUGGAAAGAUGGGUUCAUUAGAGCUUGGGCAUCAGAUACAUGGUCACGUAGUCAAAAGAGGCUGUUUGGACGAGUUUGUGUUGAACUCACUAAUUGAUAUGUACUCAAAAUGUGGGUUUGUAGAUUCAGGAUACGUGAUAUUUGACACGAUGAAAACUCCUGGUAUCAUAACAUGGAAUUCUAUGAUCUCUGGAUUUUCUCGCUGUGGUAACUCUGUCAUGGCGAUCAAUCUUUUUGACCAAAUUUACAUGAAUCGUCUUGAGAUUGAUGAAGUCACAAUCUUAAGUGUUAUUCAAGCCUGCUCCGAAUUAGGUUAUUUAGAAAAGGGAAAAUGGGUUCACCACAAGCUCAUAACCUAUGGUAUCUGGAAAGACCUCUUUGUUGAUACAGCUCUAACUGACAUGUAUGCCAAGUGUGGUGACCUUCAGUCUGCUCAAGGUGUAUUUGAUAUGAUGAUAGAAAGAAGUGUUGUGUCUUGGAGUGUCAUGAUCGCCGCAUAUGGAGUGCAUGGCAAGAUACAUGCUGCCAUAUCACUCUUCAGUCAAAUGUUAGAAGCUGGAAUUGAACCAAAUGAGGUUACCUUUAUGAAUAUUCUUUCAGCUUGUAGUCAUGCAGGUGCUGUUGAAGAAGGAAGGAUAUAUUUUAGAUCAAUGAAGGAUUUCGGCAUUGAACCCAAUGCAGAACAUUUCGCAUGUAUAGUUGACCUUCUAAGUCGAGCAGGUGAUCUUAAAGGAGCCUAUGAUAUCAUCAAAUCAAUACAAUUUUCUGUUGAUGCCAGCAUAUGGGGCGCCCUGCUCAAUGGAUGUCGAAUCCACCAGAGGAUGGACAUGAUUAAAAGCAUUCAAAAAGACCUUUUAGAUAUUAAAACAGAUGACAGUGGCUACUACACCUUAUUUUCUAACAUAUAUGCUGAAGGAGGGAACUGGGAGGAAUUUGGAAAUGUGAGAUUAAUGAUGAAAGAUAUUGGUCUGAGGAAGGUCCCUGGGUACAGUGCAAUUGAGAUUGAUAAGCGAGUGUAUAGAUUCGGAGCUGGAGAUACUCCACUUCCUCAAAUGGAGGAGAUUUACAGGUUUUUGGAAAACUUUCAGUGUCUAACCCAUGGACUAGGGGUACGAUCGAAUUUUAUAUGUUGA